AUGGCUUCCGGUUUUGGUUUAGAUGGCGGUCGUGGUCGUUGCUUCCACUUUUGGCAAGAAUUCAACAAAUGUUAUGCCACUGCCGACCUUCCCCAACAAUGUCUUGAUCAACGCGACGAUUAUCUUGAGUGUCUCCAUCAUACCAAAGAGUUUGCCCGUAUCACUCGUAUCAAAACUGAGGAAUUGAAGCAAGCUGAAAAGAGAAAGCAUGAUCUCGAGAAGCAACAUAAGGAUGCAUUGACUGCAGCAAAGUCAAAUCUGCCAAAAUUGAGCAUUAUUGAUGAUAAAGAAUCAGCAAAGGCAGAGUAG